CUUCUUCAAACUCCGUCUCCUCCACAGUGUUUGGUUGUGGGACCAUGGCGCUCAACUGCAACCAUUUCACUGCAUACGUGGCGUUUACUUUGUUUUUUGCAACAAUACUUGAUUUCGCCUUUGCAGCCUCAGGUCGUGGCAGCUCUCACGUCUUGUCGCUUCUGCAGCCGUAUGAUUAUUUGUAUUACAGUGGGGUACGUUCAUAUUUUGGUGAGGAGUGGGUGAGGGCUGCGGAGCUGCUGGAGAAAUCCAUCGUCGCCAAAGAAUCACUGUCCAGGGUCCGCAGGCAGUGUCAUGAAGACUGUGUGUCAGCAGGGGAAGAGGCUCUUGAUAAGCUAAACUCUGAAAAGGGGAGUCUGUGGGACCUCUGGGCCUUGGACUGGGUGCAGCAGAGAGCUGAAUGUUUGAGGUUCUGCAUCGGACGCUCAGUCACACCUGCAGGACAGCUUCCUGUUUCUGCAGACAUAGAGUAUGAAUUCGGUAGUCGCAACCCUUACAACUUCCUGCAAGUCACAUACUACAAGUUGGAAAAGUUGCAGAAGGCGGCAUCAGCAGCUCAUACAUACUUUGUGGCUAACCCUAAUCACCUGGAGAUGAGGAACAACAUCGAGAAGUACAGACGGAUGGAAGGAGUGUCCGAGGACGCCUUCCAGGACAGAGAGAUAGAGAAUGAGAAACACUGGGUUCUGUAUGAUUCUGCAGUUCAGCAUGAGGCCUCCUCUGACUGGGUGCAGACUGCAGAAAGAUGGAAAGCGUGUGUGAAUGAAACACUGCGUCAGAUGGAGGAGUGCAGGGUGCAAUGUGAGGUAGCCUCCCAGCGGCUGCCAGAGGACAGGGGAGUUGACGGUGUUUUCGAGCAGGCCGCAGCUCUCUCCCUCUCCCUGCUGUCAUGCCGACAGUCCUGUGUAACUCAGAUAGCCACAAGACCUGGGAGGAUUUCUGCACAGGAGGAUUUCCUGCCCUCACAGCUGGAGCACAUGCAUAUUGCACAGUUUAAAGCUGGUGAUAUUAGUGGAGCAGUGCAGACUCUACGCUCUCUUCUCCUGUUCUACCCCACUGACAAGGAAUCAUUAGACAACUUGCAGCUCUACUUUGAGACACUAGGUGGAGACACAGAGUCACAGGGCACACAGCCUGCUCAGGAGUUUGUCACGUAUGUCAGUCGCUCUCUGCAGGAGAAAAAGCUUCUGUAUUUUGGUAUGGAGAACCUUGACUUCAAGUUCACUGACCCAGAUCUCUGGACUCCAGAAGACGUUGUACCAGAAUCAAUGAGGGGUGUUUGGAAAGCUGAAAAAGAGAAAAUUAAUGAGAAAACAAAAGAGGAAGAGAAGAAGGAGGUAGUGGAUGACAGUGGAUUUUAUGCAGGUGGUCCAGUCCCUCAGGUGGGCGUGACCAUCACUAUGGACGACGAGGUUCUGAAUGGAACCAACCGCGUAGUGCUGGAUGGAGUCAUGACUGAGAAGGAGUGUGACAAGAUAAUGCAGUUAGCAUCUGCUGCAGCUUUGGCUGGAGAUGGUUAUCAAGGCCGAAGGUCUCCGCACACGCCUCAUGAGACGUUUGAAGGCCUUACGGUCCUCAGGGCAGUGAAGUUGUCUCAGGAUGGCUUGGUGAACCAAUCAGAUGCAAAGCUGUUAUACGAGCUGGGCGAGAGAGUGAGAACUCUGCUUCACUCGUACUUCAGGAGCCCCUCAGGACUCUUCGUCUCUUUCACACACCUGGUCUGCCGCAGUGCUGUCGCAGGUGACCAGGAGGGCAGGCUGGACCUGUCUCAUCCUGUCCAUGUUGACAACUGUCUCCUCGAGCCAGAGACCAAGCAGUGCUGGAGGGAACCACCAGCCUUCACACACAGAGAACUCAGUGCCAUUCUCUACCUGAAUGACAACUUUGAUGGUGGAGAGUUGUUUUUCACUAACAUGGACGCAAAGACAGUAACAGCUCGAGUAAAACCCAGCUGCGGGAGACUGGUUGGCUUCUCCUCAGGUCCAGUAAACCCUCACGGUGUGACAGCGGUGACCAGAGGCCGGCGGUGCGCUCUGGCCCUCUGGUUCACAACGGAGAAGCUCUACAGGGACAUGGAACGAGAGAAGGCGGAGGACAUGUGGGCUGCAGACGGACAGAGCGUGGUGAAAAAGGAGGAGGAAAAGACAGAGGGCACCGCCGGCAGGAACGCGCGGAGCCAAGCAUCGAAGGAAAGAGGCAAAGGGGGGAGAGGAAGGGUGACGGGGGGGAAAGAUGAGCUGUGAGAACAUCCAGACUGACUGAAACUCCCCAAACUGGACUACAUUCUCAUCUGUGUCCACUCCCAUAAUAGGACCAUUACACUCUCCCACCAUGAACACCAUGAACUUUUUUUUUUCUCCUUUUUUUUUCUCCACACAGACAUUCAUAUUGCUGCCUCUUUUAUGUAAAGCUGCUUGCACAAGUAUAUACAUAGAAUAUUUAUACUGUACAUGAAGAAGAUAAGCGGGGGAAACACUGUCAUUUCCUCUCUCUAAUGUCAAUGUGUGUUUAAGCAGCUUUAUGGACCAAUAUCACUUCCUUAAAAAAGUAAGAGAUAAAAGAACAAAUAAAUGUGACUCUUUAACAGUU